AGGAAGCCUGUAGAGCUGCCUUACCAACAUAAGUUAUAAACUGUAAAGAAAAGAAGAGAUUUGUACAGACGCUUGAGAAUAAUAUAUUUAAGCUUGAAGAGCCUUGUCGUGGACAUUGGUUAUUAUUUCUGUUAAUGUAUGUGUUCUUUUAUUUGGGCUUGACUUUGAUGUAAAUGAAUUGAUUCAUCAAAAAGAUGUGAUAAUCAAUCUUAUUGAAUGGAAUAACACAAUUUUUAAUCAACCUGUGAAUCCUGUAUGCAUUAUCUCUGUCAAUUGAAAUGGAAACUUUUGACAGUUUUGGGGCUUCUCAAAUUUACAUUGUGAUCUACAAGUGACAGGAAGGCAUGAGGGAUUGGUUGUGGAAUGUAUCGAUUUAAUAAAUCUGGUGUUGUGUAAGAAUGGUCUGUUGUGGAAAUUUUUUCCAAUUGUGUUACCAAUUUAAUGAGAAAUCCAAUUGAAGAAUGAGAACUGAAGAUAAAGAAGAUGGAAUUUGGAAAAAUUCUUUGGGAAUCAGAAAACCACAAAGAGGAAGAGGGUGCUGACCAAGUAAUGAAUGAAAAGAGUGAAGAAGCAUCCGAACAACCAGCUGAAGAGGAAGAAUCUAUGGAACAAGGUAAUAGUGUGAGUGCUGUAGAUGUAGCACAAACUGAAGAGAAGAUGGAUAGACAAAAAGAGAUGCAGGAGGAAAAAGAAAAGGCAGAGGAUGAUGUGAAACGGGAAGAUAAUAACCAAGAUAACAAAGAAGAGAAGAGAGGCAGGAAAAGAUCUCGUUCAAGAAGUCGAUCAAAGGACCGGAGCAGAAGGAAAUCGGGCUCACCCCACAGACAGAAGUCUAGGUCAAGGUCAAGAGAUAGGCACAGACAUUCCCCGAGGGGGAAAAGUCCACCAAGGGAAGAAGAGAGUGAAGAAUGGCUGAGUGCUACAGAUGUACAGUGGGACAGAUAUAACUCUGACUUGAAUCUGAAGAUUGACAAGGAUGGUUUCAAAUGUGUUCCUCUAACCAUGGAAGGCUUUGCAUUCAUGUGGGCAGGUGCAAGAGCUAUGUGGGGAGUUAAGGAAGGGAAGGUCUGCUAUGAGGUCAAGAUCAUGGAGCAAAUCAAAGUAGACCAUCUCCCUGAUGAAGAGACGAGCAGACAUGUGGUCCGUGUUGGCUGGUCCACAGGGGAUACAAGUAUGCAGCUAGGUGAAGAACCCCAUUCCUAUGGUUAUGGUGGUACUGCAAAAUCAUCAGUAAACUGUAAAUUCAAUGACUAUGGUGAGACAUUUGGAGAGGGAGAUGUCAUUGGAGCUUAUGUGGACUUUGAGAGUGAUCCAGUCAUCAUAAAUUUCACCAAGAAUGGUGUUGACCAAGGCAACUGUUUUGAAGUCCCUGCCUCUGAACUUGAAGGGAAAGCAUUGUUCCCUCAUGUCCUCACAAAGAACACAGAAUUUGAGGCCAACUUUGGGCAGAAAGAGGAACCAAUGAGUACCAUCUUGGAAGGCUUCACUUUUCUGAAUGCUGUGCCAGUAGAGAGCCGCCAGAGAGGUGCACUACCACCAGAAAAGAAGGAAGACUGUGAGGUCCUUAUGAUGUGUGGACUGCCUGGAAGUGGCAAGACCUACUGGGCUAACAAACAUGUAGCAGAGUUUCCAGAUAAACAAUAUUGCAUUCUUGGUACAAACAACAUUAUUGAUAAGAUGAAGGUGAUGGGCUUGCCUCGCAAGAGGAACUAUGCAGGACGCUGGGACGUUCUCAUUGACAAAUCUACAAGAUGCCUGAACCGGCUUUUGGAGGUGGCUGCCAGAAAGAAAAGGAACUACAUUUUAGAUCAGACAAAUGUGUAUCCAUCGGCCCAGAGACGUAAAAUGCGCCCUUUUGAAGGCUUUCAACGCAAGGCUAUAGUGGUAAUACCAACAGAUGAGACGUUCAAAGAGAGGAUUGCAGGUCGGGAGAAAGAGGAGGGCAAAGAUGUGCCUGAACAUGCAGUACUUGAAAUGAAAGCUAACUUUCACCUGCCAGAGGUUGGCAGUCCCUUUGAUGCUGUGGAAUUUGUAGAGCAAAGCAAAGAAGAAGCUGAGAAGCUUGUGAAACAGUACAAUGAGGAGGGUCAGAAGAUGUUUCCUCCUCAUAAACGUUUCCGAAGUGAUGACAGGCGUGGAGGUCGUGAUUUCCGUGGUGGAGAUAGGCGUGAUUUCAGGGGUCGCGGAGGAGGUUACCAAGAUCGCAAUCGCUACGGAGGUGGUGGUGGUGGCCGCGGGGGUGGCUUCAGGGACAGAUAUGGAGGCAGGGAUGACCGUGGAAGGGGAGGAAGAGGUUCUUAUGGAGACCAUCAUGGCUACCAGGGCAGAUCUCAUUCAGGCAGGGGUAAAUGAGCAUUAUAUGAAGUAGUUCAUCCACUUUUACGAACAGCCUCAAUGCUUUGCACCUCAAGGAUGGACACAUCAUCUUGUCACUGUUGAUCGUUAGUUCAUCUCGACCCAGUAACCAGUGCAAUUCAACCUUCUGCUUCGUAUAAAAUGGAGAUCUAGAGAGAGUGUUGCAUAACUGA